AUGGAGUGUAUUGUCAAUGGUUAUCCUGACCCCGAUCUGCUCUGGUUUAAGGGCGUGUAUGAUCCGAAUGUAAACAACAUUCCUCUCUAUGACAGUGCCAAAUAUGAUCUGGAGAAAACCAGGAGUUAUGGAGCAGUUGGGACUAAUGUGACUGACGUGAUAUCGCUUCUGAAAGUAAAGAAUAUUCGUGAAAGUGACUAUAGCAAUUACACUUGCAUGGCAGCGAAUCGAUACGGCAUGGACAUGGCGAUGACUAAUUCAAAUCUUCAAUUCCUGAGGCGAAAAACUAUGAUGCUCGAACUUAGUGAUAAUUUUCCUCGAGCUGAUUAG